AAAAUAGAAGAGGGUUGGUUGGUGGUUGGUUUUUUUUUUCAUAACGUGAGGUUCAUGUAAGUUUAUAGCAGUUCAUAUGCAAACAACCUCCCAGUACAGUUAGGUUCCAAACAGUGUUUAACUUGUAAUGAAGUACAUGAAUUUGUACUAUACUUAAAACUAAAAUAUGGGCUGGAAUUCUUUGAGAACGUCAGUUUUACAAAGUUAUUUUUAUUAACCUAAAGGAAUUUACCAGAAAAAAGGAUGAGUCAAGCUGAAUAGUUUGCAAGGGAGAACUUCAGAUAUUUUAGGCUACAAGUGAGUAAACUCUGCUUACGUAGUUGGCUCCAUUCAUUCUCUGAAACCAAUCACUUGCCCUGCAGUGGCUGAUAAGAAUUCAACAGCUUACAGAGGUGGAGUGUCAGCAUCCUUAGUACUAAACACAUUCCCAGGCAUAUCCAUAGCCUCUGUCCAUCACCCAUGCAGGAAGCUUUUUGGGAAAGGAGAAAUAGAAAACAGAGAAGGGAAAUCAUGCAUCAUCAUCCUGGCUGGAGUGUACAGAAGACUGUGUGCCAUUUUCAUCAUGCAGAUUCACUACAGAAAUGACCUUCUUUGAUCAGCCAGGUAAAAUAAAAAACUUGCUUAUUUGUUGCCUGUGCUCCCCAUGGACUGUGAGGCUGUGGACUUGCAGGCGCCUGAGGACAAGAAGGAAUCUGCUGCUGGGCACUGCGUGUGUGAUCUACCUGGGAUUCCUCGUCAGUCAAGUGGGCCACGUUUUACCCCAAUAUAAAGGAGGAUAUGAAACUAUCAGUUCCAGAAGUCUCCAGGAUGCAGCGCAAACUUCUUUUCUGGGCAUCCCACUGGACAGCACCCUGCCACCACCUAGCUUCCAGGAACCCAAUCUGGGUGGCAAUGGGACCUUGGUGCCACCUAAUGUAGUUUAUAUCACCCUACGGUCCAAGCGCAGCAAGCCUGCCAAUAUCAGAGGCACAGUGAAGCCAAAGCGCAGGAAGAAACAUGCAGUCCCAUUGUCCUAUGGGCAGCACUUCCCAAAAUCUGAUUUCACUGUCCAGAAAGAGAUCUUUUUUCAGCAGCCGGGGAGGGACAUUCACGCUGUGGAUGCAAUGGGAGCAACAACCUCUCUGGAGACAAGAAAACACCAACUGGAUAUACUCCAGCAUAAGGAAAUGGCAGUCAGAGCGAGGGGGCACCAGAGACCUGGGGGGAUUUCUGUAAGGAUUAAAGCACAGCCUCAGGCUGAGGAAAGUAACAUCAGGAUUUACAGUGAGAGCUCUCCCUCGUGGCUGAGCAAAGAAGACAUUCUAAGCAUGCGUAUGUUGGCAGAUUCACGGAUAGAGAGCAUCCAAGAACUACCUUCUCAUAAAGCUGUCCUUGUAGUAUUUGAGAGUGGCUCUAGCACCACGGGAACUGCCUGCAAUCAGGGGCACUGUGGCAUCAUCAAAAGACCCCUUGACAUGAGUGAAGUGUUUGCUUUUCAUUUGGAUAGGAUCUUGGGGCUAAACAGGAGCUUACCUUCUGUAAGCAGGAAAUCAGAGUUCUUCCAAGCUGGUCAAGCCUGUCCUGUUAUUCUCUGGGAUUCCUCCCUGAGUCCAACUGAUAACAAUACUCAUUCUUCAGUGAGAUUAACCUGGGGGAAAUACCAGCAACUGCUGAAGCAGAAGUGCUGGCAGAAUGGCAAAGUUCCCAAAGAUGAAUGGGGCUGUACUGAAAUCCAUCAUCAUGAGUGGUCCAAGAUGGCAGUCUUCGAUUUUCUUCUGCAGAUCUAUAACCGGCUAGACAGACACUGCUGUGGAUUCAGACCUCUGAAGGAGGAUUCCUGUGUGCAGCAAGGACUGGCUCUGAGGUGCAGUGAUCAAGAUGCUGUUGACUUGACGCACAUAGUGCAGAGAAGGCAUGAUCAAAGGCACUUGGCCUUUAUAGACAAUAAAGGUUUCUUUGACAGAAGUGAAGACAAUCUCGACUUCAAAAUACUACAAGGAAUCAAUGAAUUCCCCGAGUCUGCAGUUUCAGUGCUGAGGAGCCAGCGUUUGCGGGAGAAGUUGCUUCAGUCUUUGUUCCUUGACAAAGUAUACUGGGAGAGCCAAGGAGGCAGAAAAGGAAUUGAAAAGCUUAUUGAUGUAAUAGAAAGGAGGUCCAAAAUUCUUCUUACUUACAUAAAUGCACAUGGAGCCAAAAUACUGCCCAUGAAUGAAUGAGCUUCUGAGAGAUAGUCUUUAAAAUAAUUCGUGUGGAGCAAAAAAUGGGAGUAAAAUUGAUUUAUUUCAUAGGUUUCCUUAAUUUUUAUUUUUCCAAACUUUCUAAUGUGUUUUUGAAUAAGAAGCCUUGCAUGGUUUAAAAGCAUCAUUUAAACAUCAGCUGCAGCUCAACACAAUGCACUUCUAGGUCAUCCGUGAUAUAAAAAAAUGCCAAACAAGAAAUGAUACAGAAAUAAGUAUGCACCAUGAAGACUCCUUCUAUUAAACCGUUUGAAAAUUAGCAACAAGGUUUUCAGUACAUUGGUCUGGAUUUCCUCAUUCAAAUCAGUAAUGCCUUAUUGAAAAUUUAAAUGGGAAGAGAGAUAUUAGUCACUUCAUGCAUCAGUGGAAAUUCGCCAUCACAUCUGCAUGCUGAAACUUACAGGAAUUUUCACCUGUCUGAUACGGAGCAUGCUUCGCCAUUAGUAAUUUUUUACGGUGUACUAUAUCCAGUACAGAUUGGUUUGUUGUGUGGCUGGAUCAUCUGAUAUUUCUGUCUAUUGAUUAACUGUGUGUUAGUCACAGAAUCAUCCUUUAUUAUCACUUAUUUUUUAGAAAUUUAGCUCUAGCUUUGUGUAAAUACGCUGCUAAAUUAAGUGUACAUGUUUGUUUUUGCAACAUUCAUGAUAGGUUUUUAGAAUAUUAUCAAAAGGCAGAUGUAAGAAUGAAGCAAAUGUUAAAAUCAGAACAGAAAAUGUUUCUGCUGCUUGCUUAGAUCUUGCCAGCAAUCCAAGCUCUGGUUUUACGUUAAGAUUGACCAUUUUGAUUCCAGCUGAUGGCUUGGCACAAGAAUUCCCACAGGUAAGGUUGGUAGAGAAGCUUGGACAAGCACUUUAGGCUCUCAGCCUGGAUCUAUUCCAGAAAAUACUCUAUUCAAGAAGCAAAAUAUCAACUGAUAUAGUCUAUCCCAAAAUAAAUCUUCUACCUGUUUAGAAAGGCUCUUACUUUUUUUUUGUAAAUAAAUAUCAUGUUUUUGCUGAAGUUAAAUGCUUUCAUCUGUUCUUCAUGUAUAGUGGAAAAAAACCCACCCAGUAACAUAGGGUUUGUAGCAUUUAAAGAUAUAUUUGGAAAUGCUUGUGUAAUAUUUUUCAUUAUUAGAAACUGAAAUGUUGAUGUGGGUGGGUGAAGUUAAUAUCUUUAAUAACUGCAAUUCCACUGCAGCUAAAACAGAUUUUCUUUCUUACUAUCAGAACAUCUAUUAACAAUAGAAGAAAUAGAUCUAAUUAUAGGCAGAGUUAAAGACUCAAUAAAAUCAGAAGAAUUUGGCCAUCUUUUAUUUUAUUCUGCCAGUAAAGGGCAGAUGCAUUCAUAAAAUCUUCCUAGAAUUUAACAAUUGCCUUGAGAGGACAUGUUUUUAAGUGCCUUGGACUUUUUAAUAACAGCAAAGUAGAAUUUUAUAGGAUUUUCAUUUUGUCUCUCUCUUAAAAUGUUAUGUUAGCCAGAUAUUUUCUAUCACAGAAACAAAAGCAUUAAUGUAGCUUGCAUUGAGCCUAGAGAGAGAGAUAGUCCUCUGGAUCCAAUUCACAUGGUACUCCUGUUGCAUUUAUCAUAAAGUUCACUCUGAUGAGCAUUACAAUCAAUUUGUCCCAUUUUCUAGCCUAUUUUCUUCCUGCUAAAUAUAUUUCAGUUGGAUUAUCAGACACUGGUAAGAGUGAAAGACAUGACUCUCAGCUGCACUGCAUUUAGAAGGCAGCCAAGGAAAGGUACAGCAUUGCAGCUGAUCAUGAAAGAAUGGGGAUUGGAACUCUUCUAGUUUUAAGAAACCUCUUCCACUUCUAAGAAAUCACAUUCAAAGAGCUGGAGCAUCUCUCCUGUGAAGUGAGGUUGAGAGAACUGGGUUUUGCUCAGCCUGGAGAAGAGGUAAUCUGCAGGGCAGAAUGAUGUCUAGUCUUCAUAGAAAGUCUAUAUUGUCUAGGCACAUCAGGACUUCUCAGAACUCUGCAGGGACUGAUGUUCAGAGUGAAUAUGCAAAGCAGGAUAAGCUCUGCCAUGGCCGCAUGGAUUGCCCCUCUCCAAAGGCCAAGAAAUAAUUCUUUCUCUGAUCUGAGUUUGGCUCUCAGAGGUGAUGUGUGUGCUGCAUCAUGUUCUCACCUUAUGUCUUAGUAUUAUUUUACAUGUAGCUGGAAGCAUUGCUGUCUGUGUUGUAUUAAAAUACUUUGUUGCCAAGUCCUACCAACUCUCUUGUCUUCAGACAGUCAGGAGAGGCUUGAGGAGACUGGCAGUGGGACUGGAUUGCAAAAUGCUUCUAAUUCAACAAUGUUGACAACAAACUCCUGGAAGUGCCUUUUCUUUCUGACGUUUGUACUGUUGUGUAUCUUUGUGCUUGAGUUUGGUGCAAAGUAUAAUUGGUAGAGGGCCUAUAAGUACAAGUUCUCAUUUUUUUCUUACUUUCAAAAAUGAAGAAUUCUGUACUUUUUGAGUGUACUUGGGUAAAUGCUCCAGUAAAAAAUACAAAAGAUGCACUUUGUA